CCCCCCCCCGCUCCCCGCGCGGAUUUUCCAUCCCAGCGUGCGACCGACGUGCGUGCGUGCCUGCCUGUUUGUCUCCCCGCGUGCGUGCGUGCGGCCGACGACGCGCCCGAACCGAGGUGUUCUUUUUUUUUCGUUCUAUCGGAUUCCCGACGACGCGCAACGUUGGGAUUCCACGGCGAGGAUCGCCCCGGGCGUCCCACGGGAUUUGGAACGUGCACCGUGUUUCCCGCCCGAGUCUUCGAUGCUCGCCAUCGCGCCCUAACGUGUCCUCACGGUGCUUUUAACCAUUGUCGCGAUAUAGUUGUUCCACGAGGUAUUGUCGUUACCACGCGAGAUACUCCGCGGGGCUUUUACGCGCCCAAUCCCGCGUAUCGUGUUGUAGCGCGAGGACGAGGCUCCCUAUCACGGAAAAUCGUCCGGUGCGAUAAGCGCUCGGUGCAACUCUCUCGUCCUCGUCCGGACGGACUUUACAUCUACAUUACCCGUUUAUCGUUCUGACCCUAACCUUGCGUAGUUUGCACGAGCCUUUACAUAAGCCAGCUUUUACAAACGUGUAAUUUAUUUGUCUGCGCUUCGAACGUAGCUCGGUCAGCAUCCAACUGUAAAUAGAGACUGUACAUAGGAAGUGUGAUCUUGUGAGUGCUUAGGUGUGUGGGGUUUUAGUUGGCAAUGAGUUCAAGCAACAAAGCCUUUGUGUCCUCUGGUGGAAGAGGCACCAACAAAAACAAAUCACAACAACAUGGCAAAUCAGAUCAUCAGUCUAAAUCAUCAGAUUCGACUAAGCAUGACAAGGCCCAGCAAAACACUAAUCAGAUCCGGCACGCACAAAUUAUCGACACUAGAAUGGCGGGUGGUGAGGAUCCUGUCUUGAAGGAGCGCAUCAAGCAGGUGAUGGAUAUGACACGGCGUUCGGAGGAUGAAGUGAUUAUGGCUUUGCAUGAUAGUGACGGCGAUCUCGAUCGUGCUGUCAAUGAUCUCCUCGAAGGUGUGAAAACAGAGUGGGAGGUGAAGAAGAAGAAGCCUCGUCAGCCCAGUGGUUCCAAGCAGAGUACGGAUCAGUCGGGUGGCCAGGACGACAAUGGCGAGUGGGAGGAACGGCGCAACCAGCGUAGUGGCGGUCCUCCGCGUAUGCGAGGCCGCGCCAAUCAUGACAAUCGUGGAUGGCGUGGACGAGAAAACAAGGAGAACGAAAGGAACAUGGAAGACGGCGUUCGCGACGGCAGCUACAGCAGAAGAGGAAGAGGAGGACCUGGAAGAUCGGGUCGCGGUGGUCGUGGUGGUAGCAGAGGGCUCGGCUCGAGGACGUUUGCGAACCGCAAUGACUCGGCGUCUGGUUCCGCCGCUCAUAGCUUUAAUCGUCCCAUCGACACCUGGACAGGCAGCGAAGAGCAGCAACAGAGUAUUCAAGAACCAAAAAUGGAUGCUUGGAAUAAUUUGGACUCUACAGAAGACUGGGAUAACGAGGAGUACACUGGAUCUUUGGCGGACACUAAAGUCUUUACACCAAGCACGAAUAUCCUUGAAGCCCCUGCUGCUUUAGAGGAAGCAAAGUCUCAGGAAAUACCAUCGGCGCCAUCGGGUCAGGGUGUUAACUUAUCGCUGCUUCAGCACGAGGAAUUACCAAAAUUGGCAGAACUGUCUACGAUGCAACAGCAGAGUCUAAUGCAGCAGCAAACUCAAGCGCAGCCGCAGCAGCAACCGCAGCAGCAACAGCCGCAGCAAACCGUGCUGAGCUUGUCAACGAUGCAAUUGUCGCAACAACCAAGCGCUAUUAGCAGCGGUGUACUAACAGCGGCGCAAACACAAUAUCUGACGCAACUCACUCAACAGGCGAGUGAAAAUUUAAAAGCUGCACAAACCUUUUCAUCGUCGAUAUCCAGUCAGCCGCAAAGACUAACGAAGCAGCGUCCACGGGUUCCUCCACCGUCAAAGAUACCGUCGAGCGCCGUGGAGAUGCCAGGCGACGCGGUGAACAGCGGAAUCGGCUUCCUCGAUGUACAGUUUGGUGCGCUCGAGUUUGGUAGUGACUCGAGUUCUCUCGACGGCGGCUCCGCGACCGAAAAAUACAAUUCCACAAAUAGUACAAUUCCCGGCGUAGAUAUGACUUCCGGCGCGAACGCCGUGAACACUGCCAACACGAGUAACUCGCUCGAUAUUGAAACGACGCAGACUUCCACCGCACUCUUUAACGCCAGCUCGCAGAUGUUAUCGAGUAGUGACAAUCUGCCGGUGUCGGGCGAGCACUCGAUCAGCUCCCAAAGUUUCACCGCUCGUGGAAGCAGUACCGGCCAAAGCCUGGACAUAACUAAGCAAGACUUCACGUCGCAAGUCUCGCCCGGGAACGCACCGGCGUACGGUGCUACGACGACGUACCAGACGUCGCAGAAAUCCUUCCAGCCGUCGAGUGGUACGCCGAGCACUUACAACGCGUAUUCGACGAACAAUCAAUCUUCUCAGUCGACCUUCCAAACCGCGUCAGCCGCUAACACGAAUAGUUAUUCCGCGACAGCGACGGUGUCGCAGGCUAGUUAUAACUCGUCCACGUCGUUCCCGCAAUCAAAUACGUCGACCUUCAGUCAAGCCUCGCCUUCCGCGUCGGCGUCUGCGACUUCCGGUUACAACCAACCCACCACUAGCAGCCAGGUUUAUCAAUCUGCGAGCUACGUACCGACUACGACGUCGCAAUAUCAGGCGCAAUCCGUCGCUACUAACACGGUAUCGAACAGCAAUGCUGGGUAUCAAACUUACCAGCCGCAAGCUUAUCAGUCUUCUGUUACGACGUUCACGUCGCCGAUAACGCAAAGUUCUGGCGCUUACCAGAGUGCCGCGCAAUCUGUCUACGCGAGCCCGUACGGCAGUUACGCUAGCCAACCGCAAGCGGCGUCCCACAAUCACAAAUUGAACAGCACCGCGGCGAAGGACUCGCAGUACGAUAGUAGCGCGACUACAUCCAACAGCUCUUUGGCGACGACGAGCGCGCCGACGUUGGGCCUCACUUCUACCUCCGUCAACAGUUCGCAGACUAAAGUGACGAAUUCUAAUGCUGUACCAAAAAGCACCUCCAGCGGAGUAGUAACGGGUAGCAGCGGUACCGGUAACAUGACGGGCGGUGGCGCCGCCGGAAAUAUGACUCCGAUGCUCAGUCAUCAGUACAUCAUGGGCCAGGCAGGUGUGCCGUACGCGUUCCAGCAACCCGUCUACAGCUACGAGGACCUGCAGCUCGUACAGCAGAGAAUACCGCACAUGCCAACUACUGGUUACUAUGACGCGGCCUUGGGCUAUCAGACUACUGGUCCUGCUACGAGUCUUGGCGGCGGCCGGGGUGACGCGCUCUCCGGCGUGCAGGGCGUGCAAGGAGUCCAAGGUGUGCAGGGAGCCUAUACCAGUAUUAGCGACGCCAGGUUCGCAAGAAACGACAGCAACGCAUCGCCAGUUCCUUCCACUAUGUCGCAGCAGAAAUCGAUGCGAAAUUUGCAGACAGCCACGCAGCAUCAGCAGCCGAUGAUGAAUCCUACUCUUCCUCCGGGAUAUGCGUACGCGUUUACGUAUAGCAGCGGAAUCAUGCCAGGCGGUUUCCAGUACGGGACUCCCGCUAUCUAUCCGCAAAUCGCAACGGCCGGCAACGCCGGUACAAAUAGCGGUGCGUACAGCGCUAAGCCGGGCAGUUACGGAUCUGGAUACGGUGCUGGCGCGAGUUAUGAUGCGCUAGCCUCCGCUGGUCCGUCCGGCGAGUACAAGGGCGCCGGUAGCAGUUACACCGGUACCCAGACCGGCAAGACCGGCACUUCCACUGGAAAUACCAAUACCGCCGGCUCCUCUGCAACGGAUAUCAGCGCCACGAUGUACGCCAAGAGUCACGUAGCUCUCGGCAAAGUGAACUCUUAUGAGAAACAGACUUUCCACUCCGCUACUCCGCCACCGUUCGGUCUCACGGGUAGCCAGAAUGCUGGCUUGCCAGGUGGUUACGGCGCCCCGCACUUGUUCAUCCCGACUAUGCCGCAUCAGCUGCACCAACCGCUCCAUCAGGACAGUGGCAACAGCACUGGGCAAAGAUCCAACACGAGCUCGCAGAAUAAGGCGCAAGCAAAGCCUGGAUACAGUCCGAGUUACUGGGCCGGCAGCAACUAAAGUUUUGCGCCUGCAACACGGGGAGAAAACGAAGUAAUGUAACAUCCUUCUAUAGAGAAAACAGGUCGCCUGCUAUUGUGAGACACGGUGGUGCGAUGUAUGGACUUUGACGUUACCAAUGGUUAAAAUGACAAACGUAAUAGACAAAGAGAGACUUUUCACUUAAGACUAAACUGAGAUUCUGAUACAGCACACGAGUCAAUGCGAUAUAAAGAGUGAAUAAUUCCCGAAAAUUGAAAGGUAUAUGCAAUUAUUAUCAUUGACCGGUUUAUAACACUGACGAACAAUCAAUUUCGAUUUAAGCUCAUGUUCAGUGACGCGAUCCAUAGUUUCUCUUUAUUUGCUCGAUUCCGCGGUCAUUUCGAUUGCAACACUGUGUUACAGUGUACUGGGACAGUAAAACAAUUUUUUACAUCUUAUGCGAUAAAACAGUUAUUAGGUGUAAAUCCUGUAUAAUAAUUUGCAUAUUCCUUCUACGAAUUGCACUCGUGCCAAAUGUAAAAUUGUAGCGUUCGCAACGCGACGAUUACGAGACGGAUUACGGUCCGUGUAGAUUACGAUUAAAGCUAUGACAAAUUUCCGGCAAUAUUAUGAUACGCGACGAAGCCGGGUAUCGCGACAUGCGGCAUGAUUCGCGAUAUGAUUCAUCGGAAAAGGAAAAUAGAAGAGUACCAUCCGUUGAGUUUGCAUCAGAUCUCCUAUAUAUUUACAGUGCAAUUUGAAUAUAUUGACUGAAGAGUGGUGAUAAGAGUGUUUUUGUAAUUCUUUUUCUUUUCUUUCUCUCGCGUAUAAUAUAAGCAUUUUGACUUAACAAACACGAAGAGCGCAUUAUUCUUUCUUUGCGAGGUGGCGUGAAAAAGUAUGAUAGCUGGUGUGUAUAGAAAUGCGCAGUAUGUGCAAAUUUUUCGACGUAGUAGCAUUAUUACCCGACAUAUUCACGGCGUCGUUGUGAGAAGUGUGAUUCGCACUUGCGUGUAUUUGCUUUGAACGCGUUAUGUAUCUCUGUAACGGCAAUCCAUUUCUAUUAUUCAUUAGCAAUCAUUAAUGACACGCGUACGAGUUACAUUAUUAUGCCGAAAUUAUUACGUGUACGUAAAUUCUUACUUGUAAUUUUGUUUAAACGGAGAGCUACGUAUGCACACAACUCACAUUACUUCCCGAUAUAUAAAUAAUUUAAAACCAAGUUUCAAAUACAAGCAGCAAAUAUACACAACGGAAUGAUGUACUAACUUGCUAGUUUCGCUCUUUUAUUAUUUUUAUAUCUCUUAUAUCGCUACAUUCGCACAUUUGGGCGAACUCGCGCGCGCGUAAAGCCGCAUAAACUCUUCGUAUUUCCCGUAGAUUGACAAUAACAGCACUUAUAUAUUUUAUUCUAUCGGAAUCUCUUAAAUUACUACUCGUAAGAGCAUCUCUCAUGAAAGUCGGACUACAAAAUAGAUUAUCUCAGCUUUCAGGCAGAUAUUAAAAGACUUUAAUAUCUAAUCGUAAUUAAACUUGUGAAUGUUUUUAUCAGAGACAAUGUUACAAUAUCUACCUGGAUGUAGAUAACAGAAACAUUCAUCCUGCUGCUUCCAAAUUCUCUCUCGUCUGUAUAUUUCAAAUUGUAUUAGUUGUAACAUAUUUUUUGUUUAACAAAUUAGUCCCUGAUGACACAAUUUGAGGAAUUUAAUUUAUAAAGAUUAUAAUUUUAGGUUCAUUAUCGAUAUGUUGUUUACUGAAAAAUAUCGUUUGAGACAUGUCAAAAAGUGUCGCCAACCAUUAUUUGGCAUGUUUCUGGACGUAUCGAAAAGAAAAUAAAUAGAUUAUUUCGCGUGGAAGAGAUUUUAAAUAUCAUUAAUUAAAUAAUCUUUAUCCUUGUAUUGCAAUAUUUUUUUUUGGAAAAGCGUUGAUGUGAUGUUAAAUCAAAAGUUGCGGUUUUUUACAAUUCCCUUGUAAACUAACCGCAUUUUCGACACUCGCUCAAAAUAUAAGUGUGCAGAGAUAAUGUGACGAUUUUCCAUUGUGACAACAAACGAUCGUGCACUCACUAUUUACUCACACAAGAAAAUAUGAGCUGAAAAUUUGACUGAGAAGUCAACAAGAACAAGAAAGGUCAAGACGAGAUGAAGACAAGAUCAACAUGACGAUUAUCGUGACGAACAGAGCAUAAAGUAACGAUGUUUGUGCAGUAACAAUGAGUAACAGCGACAUUUGUAUCUUUUUCAUUGAGAUUGUAAUAAAAGAGAAGAAGCCAUCAUCGAUUCCGUCUGGUGUACACAUUCGUUGAUAUUGCAUUAUUCAUGCUGAUUAGAGCGUGCGAAUUGUAUAGUCGGUAUACAUAUUAAUCGGAAACGAAAAUAACAGAUUGACCAAACGGAAUACACACAUACACUCACAUACGCAUAUUUUGAAAAUAUAUACUUUACAUUUUUGCAUUGUGAAUAACGAACGAAUCGCAGGUAUUCCUCGGGGCGAGAGCAAGUAAUAAAAAAAGCAAGCAAGUACGUACGAACGAAAGAAAGAAAAUGUGAAAUGCGUUUUCACGAAGGUGCUGUGAGAAUUGUUACGAUGUUUGCGCGAUUUGUACGAUAUUGAGAACGUGAGGAAAAUGAUGUUUCUUCUAGCACGAGUGGACCGACGGACCGACGGUCGUCAAAGCUUUACCAAGUACCGCUAAUGUAAGCGAGAAGUAAAUAGUUGUAAGUAAACUCUCGUUAGUAACUGCAUAUAUAUAUAAAUAUAUAAAUACAUAAACGCUCGUAUAUAAAAAAAAAUGCGAUAUGAGUAGGAUGCGUUUUGACGAACUUGGAAGACCAAAUGUAGAUUAGCUUCCUUUUUGUUUUUUCGGGGAAAAGUGUAAAUCUGUACUCAUAAACUCUCUCGAGAAAAAUGAAAAUCGGGCUACAUUGUCUUCGCCGUGGUCCCGCCGAAUGCUGUGGACUACCCAGUCGCUCAUUCUGAUACGCGCAUUCGACUAUGAACACGUAUGAACGUAUGUGAACGCCGCCGGCCAUCCACGGGGAUGAACGAUCGACGAUAUAUCGGCCGGCAGAUUCAAGUAACGUUUUCGUUUUGUAUUAGUGUAUGUUUUAGUCCAUUCGCACUUAUCGUGUAUACUCGGAUCAAUUUAGGGCAAAAAAACAAGUAUACUAAGUGUAAUGUAUAAUGGAAAGUAAGGGGAAAAAGUAAAAUAGAGGAAAGAAGCAAGAAAAAGAAAAAAAGAGCUGAGGUUCGGAGUUAAGCACGUUUGUUCUCAUAAUAAUUAUACAUUAAUAAUUUUUGUAUUUUUGUCAAAUAUUAACCGAUCGAACAGAAUGCAAGAUGCAUUAUGCCACACUACUGCUAUUAUAUAAUUAAUAAUAAUAAUAAUAACUACUACUGUGUAUAAAUAUGGAUAUAUGAGAAUAAAUGUAUUAAAGAAG